AUGCACUACAUGAAAGAGCUAUGCAAGAAGUUCACGAAGAUUGAGUUCAAGUACAUCCCCAGGAUUCAAAACGAGUUCGCCGACGCCCUCGCAACUCUAUCAUCCAUGAUUCAGCAUCCAUACAAGAACUGCAUCGACCAUAUAGAGGUAGAGAUGAGGGAUCAACAUGCAUAUUUCUUCCACGUAAAUGAAGAGCUAGAUAGUAAACCAUGGUAUCACGAAAUUAGGAAAUUCCUUGCAACCAGAGAGUACUUGGAAAAUGCUACUAAUAGUCAAAAGCGAUCCCUCAGGAGGUUGGCAAACCACGUUUUCCUCAACGGGGAAGUCCUGUACAGGAGGACCCCAGACUUGGGUUUGUUGAGAUGUGUAGAUGUCGUCGAGGCAACAAGGAUAUUGGAAGAAAUAUGUGUAGAAACGUGUGGACCCCACAUGAAAGGGUUCACAUUAGCCAAGAAGAUCUUGAGAGCUAGAUACUUUUGGAUGACUAUAGAAAGCGAUAGUAUUCGCUACGUACAGAAGUUUCACCGGAGCUAG